AUGACUGCAGCUGAAAAGAAGGAAACCAUUGCCCUCAUCGGCUUGGGCACUAUCGGCCUCUCAUUCGCCGCACUGCAUCUACGCUAUUCAAACGCCAACCUUAGACUAUACGACGUCCGGGGUGAUUUGAAGGAGCACAUCGAAAGCCUCCUACCAGUCUAUCUUGAAUCGACAAAGAAAGAAAGUUCUCAGGCUGAUCUUGAAGUCGAAAAACUCGUUUCUGAUGGCCGAUUGCUUGUAUGCUCUUCGAUCGAGGAAGUCUGCUCUGGCGCAACAAUCGUUCAAGAGCAAGGACCUGACAGCUUGGAUUUCAAAAAGUCAAAUUGGGCUGAAGUCGUCAAAUAUGCACCCUCAAAUUCUCACUUGUGGAGUUCCACGUCUGGGAUAAGUGCAUCGAGACAGGUGGAGGAUCUGGAAGACAAGACUAGGGUGCUCGUAGUUCACCCUUUCAAUCCUCCUCAUAUAAUGCCAUUGAUUGAAGUAGUCCCCUCACCUCAUACAGAACCAGAACGAACUCAGUUCGCUAUCGACUACUUCAAGAAUCUCGGCUCUGGUCAUCGCCCCGUCAGAAUCAACAAAGAAGUACAAGGUUUCGUCGGAAACCGUCUAGCAUUCGCCUUGUUCCGCGAAGCCUGUCAUCUAGUCUCAAACGACGUUGUAUCAGUCGAGGACCUUGACACUAUCGUUGAGGCUAGUAUAGCGCCACGCUGGGCAGUAGCUGGACCGUUCAAGACAUACAACAGUGCCGGUGGAACUGGUGGAAUCGGAGUGUUUCUUCAUAACUUGGCUGAUACCAUGGAAGCCUGUUGGGAUGAUGCAGGUGAUAUCAGUCUGAAGGGGACCUCUGCAACUAAAGCUAGUCAAGGAACUGAUUGUGGGGACUGGACGGAUAAGAUCACCAAGGAAACGGAACAAGCUUACGGUAAACCUACGGCAGAGUCACUGGCAGAGCGCGAUCGGAACUUGCAGAAGCUCAUAGCAGCUCAACCAAAAGUAGAUUAG